CGACUGACCGGGCCGGGCCCGGGCCGCCGCUGGUGGGUUUCCGGGGAAGGCGCUCAGGAGAGGCUGGGGAUCGGCCGGGCCUAUGGAGCCCCCACCCGCCAAGCGCAGGUGCGGCGCCUCCGGGGAGCAGCCCGAGCCGGGACCGGGACCAGGCGCCGGCGCCACCGUCUCCUCGUCCCCCCCUUCCGGCUCCAUCUCCACCGCCGUCGAGACGCUUCUGGACCUGAGCGCCCGGCGGGUGGCCGAGACUUGGGCCUUCGAGCAGGUGGAAGAGCGCUUCUCCCGUGUCCCGGAACCUGUUCAGAAGCGCAUCGUGUUCUGGUCCUUCCCACGGAGCGAACGGGAGAUAUGCAUGUAUUCAUCCCUUGGCUAUCACCCCCCAGAGGGUGAGCGAGACUCUCGUGUGCCCUUUAACCGUGGCCUGAAUUUGCUGCAGUCAGGGGCUGUUGACCGUGUCCUGCAAGUAGGUUUCCAUCUGAGUGGUAUUGUGACAGAACCUGCAGGCCCCAGUGAGCCUGAGCACAGCUACCACGUCUCCAUCAGCUUUGACCGCUGCAAGAUCACAUCUGUGAGCUGCGCCUGUGACAACCGGGACAUCUUCUACUGUGCCCAUGUGGUGGCGUUGUCCCUGCACCGUAUCCGGCAUGCCCGCCAGGUGGAGCUGCGCCUGCCCAUCUCUGAGACCUUGUCCCAGAUGAACCGGGACCAGCUGCAGAAAUUUGUGCAGUACCUGAUCAGCGCCCACCACACCGAGGUGCUGCCGACGGCGCAAAGGCUCGCCGAUGAGAUUCUGCUGCUGGGCUCUGAGAUUAACCGAGUGCAUGGUGCUCCUGACCCCACAGCCGGUGCUGGCAUUGAGGAUGCAAACUGCUGGCACCUGGAUGAGGAGCAGAUCCAAGAGCAAGUCAAGCAGUUGCUGUCGAAUGGCGGUUACUACGGGGCAAGCAAGCAGCUGCAGUCCAUGUUCAACAAGGUGCGGGAAAUGCUGAGAAUGCGGGACUCCAAUGGGGCACGAAUGCUCAUCCUGAUGACAGAGCAGUUCCUGCAGGAUCCACGCCUGGCUCUCUGGCGGCAGCAAGGAGCAGGCAUGACUGACAAGUGCCGGCAGCUCUGGGAUGAACUAGGCGCCUUGUGGGUGUGUGUGGUCCUGAGCCCCCACUGCAAGCUGGAAGAGCGGGCUCUCUGGCUGCAGCUUCUCAAGAAGUGGAACAAGCAAGACAUCUGUCCCUUGGAGGAGGGUAACUACUCCUGCGACAGCAUCGGAGCUAACAGCACCUUGCCAUCUAACCCAAACCGCAGCACAGCCGGCGUCCGGCAGACGGUCUUUGGACGUGCCAUCAAGGCUGCGGAGCUUCGCUGGGGAGACUGCCACCUGCAGAAGAUCCUGAACAGCGACUGCUGCGGCGUCUCUUUGAAGAGCGGAAGUGACAAGCUGGGCUUUGAUCCCCAGGGCCACCCGCUCUGGCUGGGGGACGCCUUCCCCAUGGCCUGCGCUCGGGUGGACGCCUUGCGCUCCCACGGCUACCCCCGCGAGGCCCUGCGCUUGGCUGUGGCCGUGGUCAAUGCCAUGCGCUUGCAGCGGCGGCACCAGCUGGAGAGCUACAAGCAGCAGAAGAAAGAGCUCCUGCACAAAGGCACGACUAGCAUCACCAACCUGGAGGGAUGGGUGGGGCACCCUCUGGACCCCAUUGGUUGCCUCUGCCGCACCUUCCUGGAGGCCUGCCGGAUGGAUGACGAGGGGCUGGCCCUGUACCCAGACUCUGCGGCGGAGCCCAAGAAGGCCCUCUACCAGCACAUUCCCGUGCCCUCGAGCCCUGGCGAGUCGUACUUCACGCUGGCCCUGGAGGUGGCGCUGCUGGGGCUGGGGCAGCAGAGGUCCAUGCCGGAGGGGCUCUACGCUCAGGACAAGGUGGUGCGCAGCGAGGAGCAGCUGAUCGGCCUCCUGGACGAGAUGGAGCUGGACGAGCGGCUGGUCCCCGUGCUCCGCAAGCAAGCCACCCUGCUGCUGGACGGGGGCCCCUUCAGUGGAUUUGGGGAGGUCGUGUUCCGCGAGAGUGUCCCCAUGCACACUUUUGCCCGCUACCUCUUCACUGCCAUGCUGCCCUAUGACCCCGAGUUGGCCUAUCGCUUGGCGCUGCGAGCCAUGAGGCUCCCUGUGUUGGAGACGGUGUUGCCAGCGAGCGACAUCCUGCAUCAGAACCCCCUGGACUCGAUGAUGGCCAACCGCUUCCCCCGCUGGUUUACCCUGGGCCACCUGGAAACCCGGCAGUGCGAGCUUGCGUCGGCCAUGCUUACGGCUGCUAAAGGUGACCCCAAUUGGCUGCGCAUGGUCCUGGCCUCCAUCCAGCAAAAUAUCCACUCUCCAGCCUUGUUGUUCAAACUGGCCCAAGAUGCUUGCAAGACCGCCACACCGGCCAACACCCCUCCAGACACCACCUUGCUUAACAUCUCUCUGGAGCUUGGCCUGCAGGUGAUGCGAAUGACGCUCAACACCAUGACCUGGCGUCGCCGAGAAAUGGUUCGCUGGCUGGUCAGCUGUGCCACGGAAAUAGGUGUCCAGGCCCUGAUGAACAUUAUGCAGAACUGGUACACGCUCUUCACACCCAUUGAGGCCACGACCAUCGUCGCCGUGACCGGCACCACGCAUGCCACGCUGCUCCGGCUGAGCCUGAGCACGGGGCAACGGGACGAGCUGUGCAGCUGCGCCCGGACGCUGGCGCUGCAGUGCGCCAUGAAGGACCCGCAGAACUGUGCCUUGCCAGCUCUGACGCUCUGCGAGAAGAACCACGCGGCCUUCGAGGCGGCCUACCAGAUCGUGCUGGACUCGGCGGCCUCUGCUGGCAUGGGCCACUCCCACCUCUUCACCGUGGCCCGUUACAUGGAGCACCGUGGGCUGCCGAUUCGCGCCUACAAGCUGGCCACCCUGGCCUUCUCGCACCUCAGCAUUGCCUUCAACCAGGACACCCACCCUGCCCUCAAUGACGUCCUUUGGGCCUGCUCCCUUAGCCAGUCCCUGGGGAAGAACGAGCUGGCUGCCAUCGUCCCACUCGUCAUCAAGAGCGUGCAGUGCGCCCCCAUGCUCUCUGAUAUCUUGCACCGCUGGAGCCUCCCGCCUCCAGGCCUUGCCUCGCUGGGAGGGGGGCGCCGUGGGGCAGGCGGCGCCGGUGCUGGAGGGAAGCUCUUUGCUAUGGACAAGGCCCCGCUCUGCCAGCUCCUGGAAGCCGCCAUGGCUGCCUACAUCAGCACCACCCACUCGCGCCUCACCCACAUCAGUCCCCGGCACUAUGGCGAAUUCAUUGAGUUUCUGGGCAAAGCCCGCGAGACCUUCCUGAUGGCACACGAAGGGCACGUGCGCUUCAGCCAGUUCCUUGACAACCUCAAACAGACCUACAAGGGCAAGAAGAAGCUUAUGCUGCUUGUGCGGGAGCGCUUUGGCUAG